AUGUCCCAGACUCCCGACCUUGAGCACAAGAGGAAGCGUUCUGCCAUUGACAACAGCGGCCAGCAAAGCUAUCCCUCAUCUCAACAGAAUCCACUGCAGCAGAGUCAUGGCAGCCACAUCAACUUUAUACCUAGGCCCAAUGCCGAUCGUCUAGCGCUCAUUCAAGCCGACAGUGAUACUUUUGCCGAUGUGCUACAUCUCAUUGCUGGCUAUGAAGGCGCGCUUGACCGACAAGAGAGCUUGGCCGCCAACCUCGGCGCAAAGCUCACAGGGCCUCGAAUUUUAAAAGGCAUUGAGCGCUUCUUUGACGGUCCAAUAAAGACGAACGCGACGCAGCCGUUUGUUAAUCCCAUCAGCUGGAUUGAUGUUGUUUUACACGCCAAGGCCCACCCCAAUGAAUUCGUCUUUGCCACUCUACCCAACGGCACCCGAUGCUGCCAAUUUCACUACAAAGGUCUACAGUGCGAAAUUACCGAAGAUGACUGGCGAUUAAUAUCUUCCGGUGCGCUGGAUCGCUUCCCACUUGAACACCCGUUUGAAGAAGACGAGACGGCAGAGCUAGCCACCCUGGAUAUUCUCGAAUCCAGGGCAUCCAUUUUGUACAAGAGAGCCGAUGAAGUCGCGGCCAGAGCCCGCAUACUACAUCAUCGCAUAGGACAACGAAAGCAUGAGCUGUCUAGGAGGCGUAAUGUAGAAAAUGGUCAGCGAUACCCGUCCACCGGUGGAAUUCCGCCUGCGCGGCUUGCGGCGUCGGGCGCCCCAUACGAUCUUCACGCCGACCUGCUGCAGCAGUUUCUUGCAGCGUCGGCAUCGACAUCGGCACCGCCGUCUCGUCCACAGUCUGUCGCGGCUCUUUCUCCAAUUGGUAUGCUGCCGAUCUCACCCUCUGUUGCAUCGCCACACCCUACGCAGCAGCGACUGUCGGUGACCUCGGGGCGUUCUGGCAGCAGCAGUCACCCGACGGAAGGCUCUGCCAUGACGGAAAUGGACCACCGAGCCGAGUUUUUGCGCUCACUUGUCACUCAAAAGACGGAUAAAUUGAAGCGCGGCGACAUCAUUAGCCCAGCGUGUGAUCGCUGUCGCCGUCUGCGACUACACUGUGUCAAGCACCUAACUGCCUGUCAGGGAUGCACCAAAAAGCAUGCGAAAUGCACCUGGCGCACCAUGACAGACGAAGAAGCUGCGCUACUCAAAGGCGAGAUGGGCAUUUGCGUAGAGCGCGACGCACAGAUUGCCUCGGAGGGCAUCUCCCCGCCCGACGAGCUGCCACCGCCCCUCACAAUGGACGGGGUAACGAUGCGCCCCGCCAGCCGUACAGAGACUGAUACCAGUGCUUCUAUACAGUCCACGACGUACAGUCCAGGGCCGCUUUCUAGUGCGCGCUCCGAUCUCAGCGCCGAGCACGGGAGGAUGAGCCUGCCCCCGGUAUUGUCGGGCCUUGCCGGACCACCUCCGAUGCAGCGUGGGCGUGAUCUGACGCGUUUGAACCAAGUGGCGUCUGUACUGACUGAUUCCAACUACAUGCGGCCGCCAUUUCCUCACGCACAUCAGCCUUUACCAUAUCCUCCCACGUCACAGUCGCCGCCUCAUUCUGUCACGCAGCCACCUCCACCGCCAUCCCAUUGA